AUGCUUACCGUUGAUCAGCUUUGCCAGUAUAUUGGCAUCAAGAACCCAUCUGACCGCUCAACAUGCAUUGGAUAUGGACAAGCGAAACCGACUUGCGGUAACCCUGUUGCUGAGCGGUUCCGAUUGGAAGCAAGGGCAGCUCUUCAAAAUAUAUGCUAUCUCCUUGACGCAAGCGGUAGCAUUACUGAAGAGCUCGCCGACGAGUUGGAGAGUGUCGCUGUACUUCUGCAUUGCAAAAAGAACCAUCGAUAUCAGGCACCGGCAAAGGCGAAUGACUGGAUUAGAAGACUGGAGGAUAUCUUGGUGCAAACAGAUGCAGAGAGACAUCAACGUGAGACUCGAGCACGUGUCGAACCUCCCCCAGAGGACAGCAACACUCAAGGCGCAUCUCAUGUAGUUGUUUGCCGCGGCAUGGCAUCGCAUACAGUUGAGGACCUUCUUGCCGAGUUGGCUCGCAGGCUCGCCUCGAGCAAUCAGCUUGUCAGCGGUACUCAAGCAGUUCUGGAAGCUCACAGCAGGACGUAUCAACAACCACCACACUCCACCUUGUCCUACCAAGAACACCCGCUUGCAGCCACAAAUGCCCCUGUCACUAACUUCGCGGAUGACGAAUAUUCGGGUUACUACUCCCAAGACGACACGGACGACGAGCAUGCGCCCCCUGAAUAUUCCUCUCGGUACCAGCCGCCUGAGAGAGCUCGCUCUUCCACGCCACAGCCGCACAUGCAACCACGGUCAGCACAUUCACCUUCGCCGACAACUUCGUCGUCCUCUGCACGAAGCAGCCACAGUUCUGAUUCGUCUCGAGAUGAAUGCGCCAUCUGCUUGUCAGAAUUUGGAAGAGGGAGUGAAACAUGGCGCUGCGAAACAUGCAGAAAUGCGACUCAUAUGGAUUGCUUCAUUCAGUGGAUGGCAAGUUCACCGGAAGACAAUGUGAGAUGCAUUUAUUGUCGAUCACCUGUUCGCACACAUGAUUGA